UGUAGAUAUCGGGUAUGUUAUAUUUCUCUGCCAGUACAACAUUGACGAGUGAACAUGUCGUAUUGUUUUAUUGUUAAGUGACAUUAUUUGUUUAAAUAUAAUUCGUUACAAAAAUAUACAAGGAGGCAGACGCCAUCGCCUUGAAAAUGAGGCUGGUACCGAAGCAGGCCAGCGCCAUCACAAAGUUCCGUCUGCUGAUGUGGAAGAACUUCCUACAGCAAUGGAGGCACAGAAUGCAAACAGUUUUCGAAAUACUACUUCCAGUCCUGACCAUGACACUGGUGCUUAUUCUUCGAUGGCAGGUCGAGCCGUCAGAAAGACAGACUCUCACCUAUCCGCCUAUCAGAGCACACACACUCAACUUCUCCGGACCUGUACUGGGCGGAAUGGAUUUUCGUGAAUUAUCCAUUGCCUACUCACCAGAAAGUCCAGUAUUAGAAGAUGUAGUUAAAACUGCAGUCUCCAAUUUACUUAUAUAUAAUAUGGAAGAUUUAAUUGCUAAUUUACCAGUAGAAAUAGAGUUACCGCCUAAUGUCGAAAUAAAUUCCACCGCCAUUAUCGACUGGAUAAAAUCUCGCAUAACUAUACAAUCUUACAAAAAUAGCCACGAAACAAGAGGAAUUUAUAUAGAAGAAGAAAAUACACGUAAAGUUUUAGCGGUCAUAGAGUUUGACGAUAAACUAUACGGCGCAGAAGCAUUGUCCAAUAACUUAUCAUACUCUCUGAGGUUCCCCGAGCGACCUCGUCUCAAUUCAUUUUUCCAAACUGGAGGUCGCACAUGGAGAACAGACGCCGUUUUCCCCAUUUUCGAAACACCUGGUCCCCGUUUUUCUAAGUCUUGGGAAGGUGGCAACGACCCAGGCUACGUAAACGAAAUGUUCAUAGCGCUACAACAAGUCAUUUCAACCGAAUUAAUAUCGAGAUCCACUGGAGUGGAUAUGAGUGAGUUCCGAGUGUACCUACAGAGAUAUCCUCACCCACCUUACAUCAAGGAUAUGGCACUUGACCUUUUGCAGUUCAUGUUCCCUAUGUUCAUCAUGUUGAGCUUCAGUUACACUGCAAUCAACAUUACAAGAGCAGUCACGGUAGAAAAGGAAUUGCAACUGAAGGAAACUAUGAAAAUUAUGGGUCUCCCUACGUGGUUGCAUUGGACGGCAUGGACCUGUAAACAGUUUGUUUUUUUGUUGGUUUCCGCAAGUCUUACAGUAAUACUUCUAAAGAUAAAUUGGUUUACAAACGAGGACGGCUUUAGUGAGUACGCAGUGUUUACAAACACUCCAUGGACAGUUCUGAUGUUUUUCAUGAUGCUCUACUUAACUUGCACGAUAUUUUUCUCUUUUAUGAUGAGCAGCUUUUUCUCAAAAGCUAGUACAGCAGCCUUGUGUACUGUUGUCGUCUGGUUCCUCACAUACAUCCCUGCCUUCCUCCUGGCAAUGGAUAUCAACAUGUCUACCGCAGUCCAGGUCUUCACAUGCCUCAGUAUUAACUCUGCGAUGUCUUACGGAUUCCAGUUGUUGCUUGCCAGGGAAAGUACUGGAGGCUUGCAGUGGGGCGAGUUCAUGGCGUCACCAGGGACGGAGUCUGCCCGCUUCGUUUUCGGUCACGUGGUCAUCAUGUUGGUAGUGGAUUGUGUCCUCUAUAUGCUGAUCACCCUCUACCUCGAACAAGUGCUGCCAGGACCAUUUGGCACGCCCAAACGUUGGUACUUCCCGUUCCAGUUGCGAUUUUGGUUCCCUAAUUAUAAAUCAGGUUCAGUUUUAGUUUUGGAAAAUGAAAACAGUGAUUUUGAAGAUAUAAUAAAAGAAAAAGAACCUAUUGACCACAACGUGGGUGUUAAAAUAAAUAAUUUAACAAAAAUAUUUGGAGCUAAUACAGCGGUCAAUAACUUGUCCUUGAACAUUUAUGACGAUCAAAUCACAGUAUUACUUGGGCACAAUGGCGCUGGAAAAUCCACUACGAUAUCUAUGUUGACAGGCAAUUUGGAGGUAACCCGUGGUUCUGUGACUGUUGCUGGAUAUGAUAUGACACACGAAAGUUCUUCAGCUCGUGCCCAUAUCGGCUUAUGUCCCCAACACAACGUAUUGUUUAACGAACUCACUGUCAAAGAACAUUUGGAAUUCUUUGCCAGGUUGAAAGGAUUCCACGGAGCGGAGCUCAAGGCUGAGAUUGAUUCUUUGAUCGAAAAAUUGGAACUGCAAGACAAGCGAGACUUUCCUUCUUAUGGUUUGUCUGGAGGUCAAAAACGGCGUUUAUGUGUUGGAAUAGCUUUGAGUGGAGCAGCACGUGUGGUACUACUUGAUGAACCAACAUCAGGAAUGGAUCCUUCUUCUCGACGAGCACUUUGGGAGCUUCUGCAGAAGGAGAAGAAAGGUCGUUCGAUGAUCUUGACCACGCAUUUCAUGGACGAGGCUGAUAUUCUCGGUGACCGAGUGGCCAUAAUGGCGCAAGGUCGCUUGCAGUGUGUGGGUUCACCUUAUUUCCUGAAACGUCAUUACGGCGUUGGAUAUACGCUUGUGGUUGUUAAGGACGAUGACUUUGAUUUCGAAGCAUGUACCGCACUUAUAAAUAAAUACAUUCCAGACACUAUUGUCAAGGAAGACCGCGGUACGGAAAUUACUUAUAACUUAAUCAACGAUUAUUCAUACACUUUUGAAGCCAUGCUUAACGAUUUGGAAAGGAAUAUGGAGACAAUUAAAUUCAAAAACUAUGGUUUAAUUGCUACCACUUUGGAGGAUGUGUUUAUGUCAGUUGGCUCAGACUUGGCACCUGUAACGAAUUCAGAAAAUGACGAUGCCGUGACAACUACGACGGAUUCGACCAUUGACGACAUUUUAAAAAAUGAACUUGAUUCGUCUUUAGAAGAACUGGAUAGAGACGAAAGCAGUCUGUCUGGUUUCCGAUUGCUAUGUCAGCAAGUACUAGCGGUGUGGAUGAAGAAGGGAUUGGUACUGAUUCGUUCACCUUGGUUAAUGAUCCUACAGUUCUGCGCUCCCAUCGUACUCAUCAAUGCCACGCUUGGAGUUAUGAGAUACGUCAUGGCCUUAACCCCAACUAUAAAAUCAAGAUUCUUAUCAUUGGCUGAAGGGUUCACAAACACAGAAACUCUGUUAAGUUACAACGGUACUGUCGCGUCAUCUGUCGGCGCUCUCGCGGCAACAGCUUAUGAGAUACUGUUCGCAGCCUCUGACGUGGCGAACAUGGGCUUGACUCGCAUUGGUAGAGAACCUGUUGAACAGUAUUAUCUAAAUAGGACGAUGGAUCCAGUGAUGUUGGGGCAGUUGCGUCACCAGAUAUUGAUUGGUUCCACAUUCGACGACAACAAUGCGACAGCUUGGUUCAGUAACUUCGGUUACCACGAUGUCGCUAUAUCUCUAGCUACACUGCACUCGGCUAUUCUUAGAGCAUUCAACUCCAGCGCCCAGCUGAACGUUUACAACCAUCCAUUAGAGGCUACUUAUAAAGAUCAGUCGGACAUGCAGAUGAUGAUUACCAUGCUCUCUAUGCAGUUGUCUUCUGGUAUCGGCAGCAGCGUCAGUAUCGUUAGUGCUGUAUUCAUCAUGUUCUUUAUUAAGGAGCGUACAUCUGGCGCGAAGCUGUUACAGAAGGCCGCUGGGGUUCGACCAGAAGUGCUAUGGGGUAGUGCUGCUGUCUUCAACUGGUCGUGGUUCCUAAUUACUUGUGUUUCCAUAGUAGUCACGUGCGCCGCCUUCCAAGUUGUUGGGUUAUCCACUGCUCAAGAAUUAGGUCGAAUGUACUUGUGUGUAAUGCUAUAUGGUGCUGCAAUGUUACCGCUAGUAUACAUCAUGUCGUUUGCGUUCAACGGUCCUGCUGUCGGCUUCGUGGGAUACUAUUUUAUGAACGUAAUUUUUGGAAUGAUGGCUGCACAAGUGGUGGAGGCGCUGUCCUCUCCUCAGCUGAACACAGCCGAGGCCGCCAACAUACUCGACUACAUAUUGCAGUUCUUCCCACUCUACAGCUUAAUUACUGCUGUCAGAUUUCUAAACCAAGCUGGCCUGCGUGAAUACACUUGUCUUCAAAUGUGCGAAUACUAUCAAGCUGUGAACCCGAACCUUCAGUGCACUAUGGAGAACUUAUGUCAACGCAACGAAGAAUGCUGUGUCGAACCGAAUGCGCACUUCAACUGGAAUCAGCCAGGUAUAUCGCGGUACUUGACAUGUAUGGUUGCAUCCUGCAUUGCGUUCUGGACAAUUCUCAUGAUAAUCGAGUACAGAGUUUUCCAGAAGCUGUGUACAGUUAAGAAGAGUCCGCCGCCACUAGACGAGAGUACACUGGACGAGGACGUGCAACGCGAGGCGCAGCGCGCGCGCAGCGUGCCGCCGGCGCAGCGCUCCACGCACGCGCUGAUCGCUAACGAUCUAUCCAAGUACUAUGGGAAACAUCUUGCCGUUAAUCAAAUCUCAUUCGGUGUUAAUGAUGGUGAAUGUUUCGGUCUAUUGGGUGUGAACGGUGCUGGUAAGACGACCACCUUUAAGAUGUUAAUGGGUGACGAGUCUAUCUCAAGCGGAGAGGCGUUCGUUAGUGGACACUCCGUAGAAAAAGAUCUUGGCAAAGUACAUCAAAAUAUCGGUUAUUGUCCCCAGUUCGAUGCAUUGUUUGGUGAACUAACGGGUCGUGAGACGUUGCACAUGUUUGCUAUGAUGAAAGGACUCCGUCUACGCAGCGCUGCACCAACAGCUGAAAUAUUUGCAAAUUCACUAGGUUUCCUCAAACAUCUGGACAAAAGGGUACAUCAAUAUUCUGGAGGAACCAAAAGAAAGUUAAACACGGCGAUAGCGUUCCUGGGGCGAACACGUCUCGUGUUUGUAGAUGAACCUACAACUGGAGUUGAUCCUGCUGCUAAACGUCAUGUAUGGCGAGCCACGCGUGGCGUACAACGUGCUGGUCGUGGCGUAGUGCUGACGUCACACAGCAUGGAGGAGUGCGAAGCUCUGUGUUCCCGGCUCACAAUCAUGGUCAACGGACGAUUCCAGUGUUUCGGCACGCCGCAACAUCUCAAGAACAAAUAUUCGGAAGGUUUCACGUUGAUUAUUAAAAUGAAAAUGGAAGAUAGAGACAAUGACACUGCAUCGAUAAACAGCUCACGUAGUACAGUGGACGCCAUCAAAGAAUACGUUGGUCAAAAUUUCCAGAAUCCGCGUAUUAUGGAGGAGUACCAGGGUCUCCUGACAUACUACCUACCAGACCGGAGUAUGGCGUGGUCGCGCAUGUUCGGUGUCAUGGAGCGCGCUAAAAGGGACUUAGAGAUCGAAGACUACAGCAUCUCACAAACCACAUUAGAACAAAUAUUCCUACAGUUUACUAAGUACCAGCGGCAGGCAGGCGAAUCACUAUAGCGAACUGUUGUUUUUUAGUUAAAGGUAAUUUACUAUAACAUCCCUCUCAUUAGGGAUCUUAUGAUUCGGGGAAAUGCUCUCUUGUAAUAUAGUAUAUGAAUGUAUAACUUCAUAUAUCAGAAUAAAUGCAGUGCAAUGUUAUUUCCUUCUCAAUCAAUCUUACGUCACAAAUGAGUCUCGCUCUAGUCGAUAUAAAUGUGGCCAAGUCAUUACUGACGUUUAAGAUUGCAUUACUUAAAGUUGAUCUACUAAUUUUAAGAAAACAAAAAACACAUUCGUUUCUGCUUGUACACGAGAACCAUUUUCCCAUAUCCUCAGUUUAAAUUUGGGCUGGAAACCCAAAUGCUUAGUUAGGUAAAUUAAUUAUAAUUAUGUUGACCGGUUUACUCUUGUAGCUGUUUAGCGAGGAACUCAUAGUACCUAUCUUUCGGAGAUUCUACAUUCGACGCGCUGCUUAUGAAUAUGACGCGUGGCUCGAAACUAGUCUUUCUCCUCAAAGAAUUACGUGAGUAAGCCGUAAAACAUAAUAAUCAAUUUAAUAUGUCUCACGAGAUUUUUAAUAAAGAAAUAUAGGAUAAUUAUUGAAUUGAGAUGUCAAAAUAGAUAUAUGUAUGAUAGUACCUAUAUGUAUAUGUCUUUUAUAACUAAAUAUAGGAUAUGGUCAAGUAAAAAAACCAUUUUCGUGUCAUGAUGUAUUUUAUACAAGUUUGUUUGUUUCUAUGUACAUAAAAUUGUCCAAGUCACAGUGUCAAGUAUUGUAUGUAUCUGAUUUACGAGUAAAUAAUGUAUAUACUAGUUGUAAUUUGAAUGACAUUCCAUGACCUUUUGUAAAGAAUAUUUCGUUCCGAAAAAUAGCGAAAGAGAAACUAUAUAAGGUUGUUAAGUCAUUUUGCUGUUGUACCCCACUAUUAAUAUCGCUUUUGUAGAUUUAAAAAUAUUAUUAGUAUUAAACAAAUUCUAAUGACAAGAAAAUGUCAAUGAAAGUAUUUUUACAACGUUAGUUAACGAUUUUGUAUAAACUGUUUCCUGUUUACGUUUGCAUGUAGAAAGCUAAUUGUUACGGUUGCUUCUUUCGUAGAAAUUGUGAGUUUAGGAUGAGGAUGAUUUUCUUCGUUCCAUUUUCAACACAAACUUUACUAUCACGUUGCCUAGGCUCCUAAGCAGUUUUAUUAAAAUCCGUCCAAUAAUUUCGGAGAUUAGCGUGUGCAAACAUACAAAUGAAAUUUUUUUUGCAACUUUUUCUCCAUUUCUGGCCCCUUAUCAACUUAUUUGGUUUUAAUUGAAAAGUAUUAAAUGUAUAUAUCCUUUAAUCUGUUAUUAUAUGUGUAUGAAAUAUUGUUUACAAAAUAUUAUGCUCAAGCGCUUACCAUGCGCCUAAAUUACUCUUUAAGCUGAUGUAAAUAAUAUGUGCCUAAUAUGGAAAUUGUUAUUUACUUAUAUUUAAACUUUUUUACUUUCUUACCAAAAAUCUGUAGUUAUUUAGUAUAAAGUGUUUGUGAUGUGUGUUAUUCGUAAAAACUUUUUUAAGUUCUAAAUUUAAUAUAUUUAUAACGCAUAACUGAUCAAACUGUUUGUCGGAUAAGAUAAAUAAUAAUACAAUAAAUAAAUAUGUACGGAUCAUACGAUGUCGUUAAUCAUUAAUAAUGCUUAAUCACCUAUUUUCUCUUAUUAUAAAGACCCGUUUUUCUA